CGAAUUAACCCUCGCGUCAAGAUUGACCGAAAUCGGACCAUGGCUUCCACGACGACUGACCACGAACGCGACCGUGAACGCGACUCCAACUCGUUUCACGAGGGCUUCUCUCCCAAGCCGCUAGGAGUAAAAACAAUAUUCGAUGCCGACGACGACGUUGUGGUGGUAGGCUCGAGCUCAGAGAGAAGCCGUCAUUGGGAGCCAGAAAAGGAGCGUUACGCAGAACGAGGAAACGACCGCUACAACGAAUACACACGAGACCGAGACAGAGACCGAGACCGUGACCGCUCGCACCAACGGACCUAUGGAGGCCGACAGCGUAGCCAUCACAAACGCGAGAGGUCUCAAGAACGCAGACGACAUCGGAGCGAAGAGCGCGAUUAUAACGAACCCCGUUCGAAAAACUAUCAAGAGGCGAACGCUAAGCGCAGGCGCGUGGAUGAGGAGGCCGACGAAAUCAAUUUUCUUCCAAAGCGGGAGAGGUCUCCAGCGCCCCGGCCAAAUCUCAAAAGGAAAUCGCCCUCACCGGAAUUGGGUGAUGUGCCGCCUCGAACACAAGUGCCGGAACGCCGACAAAGUGGCCUGUUCGAUUUUACAAAGCGCGUCUUGAAAACCAUCGUGGGCAGCCCGACUUCAAUACCAACCCCAGCACAGACACCGUCCAAUACAUCUCAAGACAUUCUCGAAAAACUUUGUCAUACGGAAGUAGAGCUCAAGUUUACUCUGGACCUGCUGGAUGAAUCGACGCAAAAAUGCAAAGAGCAAGAAGGGGAGAUCAAUCACAUUGAGGCAGAUAGGAAGUCGCUGCAGAGAGAGGUGGACAGUCUCCAAGAACGGGUCAUCGCUCUGAGCGAAGAGAACGAAAGGCUGAAGAAAGAAAACUCGGAGUUCCAAUUGGGCUUGCAGAAGUCACGCUCCCGGGCUGCCGAGUUUGAAGAAUCAUUAGAAGAGCACGAACGACUCCUCGACCAGGCCCGUCAGCAUAUUGCUGACCAGCACCAGCAGUUUACGCAUCAAAGUUCCAAUUACGAACGAAGAGUCAACGAACUGAUCAGCGAGAAAGGCACUCUGCGUGCCCAGCUCAAGCAACAAGCCCGGGUCCCGCCCGCCGAGAAAACUAUGGACAUCUUCGACAACACUGCUGAUCAAGUCUCGGAAGCGUCCAUUAGGGGCGCAGUCGAGAGUUUGAACGACUCAAUCGACAAUUUGAUUCUCGGCCUCUUUGAGGUUGCUGAACAGCUCGUGAAAGAGCGGGACCCGGCGUAUGGCGUGCCCGCGACGAAACAGGACGUCGAGCUUCUUGCCGCUCUGGCGAGGUACUGCGAAAACGAAGACAAACGCGGGUUCAUCCUGGAAGCGCUCUGCCACGACUAUAUCGUCCAGCACAUGCAAGCGGCGCUCUUUGACGGGGACCCGGUUCCGCGCAUGACCGGGAGGGAAAAUAUGGAACGAAUCCUUGUCCAGGUAACACGCUCUGUUCCUUGGUCCGUUGCUCAGCGGUGGCGGGCGAUAACGGCAGAAUCCUUCUUCAAGGCAUUCAAUGCCAAGCAGCAGCACCAAUCCGUGUCGAAGAUAAAGGAUUCCAUGAUCGAGGUCUUCAGCUGGGCGUACCAGCAGCCCCCCGAGACUUUCCGCUGCGAUGCUUUCACGGCCCCUUUGGCUGCGUUGGACAAGCUUUUCCAGGAGGCGGAAAAACUCGCACUCUCUAUCCGCACUGACGUCCUUUCCGUGCGCAUGUCGGUUUUCUUACCGCGGCUUAACAGCAAGGAAGAAUAUGGGCCAUACAAUCCUGGGGCGAUGGAGGCUGUGUGGUCAGACAUGGGUAGUGUCGAGGGCGACAAAGUCCUCACCGUGUACCAUCUCGGUUUGCGCAAACAAACCCAGUCAGACCAGGGCGGCGCCUUCACCACCAUGAUCCGGCCCCAAGUAGCAACCAUGGCGUUAUUGCGCGAAAUGGAAAAGGACACAUAA